AUGUCGCCUUCCUCCGAUAUCACGAUCGCGAGCCUGCGAGAAUCCCUCUGCUCCGAGGACACCCACCUCCCCGUCCGAUUUCGAGCCCUCUUCUCCCUCAAGCAUCUCGCGAAGCACUCCGAAGGCCCCAAGGCUCUCGAAGCCAUCGAUGCCAUCGCCGCCGCUCUCUCCUCGCCUUCCGCGCUUCUCAAGCAUGAGCUAGCAUACUGCCUCGGACAGACGGGGAACCUUGCCGCGGCGACGAGCCUCCGGGAAACCCUCGAGGACCUCCAGGAGGAUCCUAUGGUUCGUCAUGAGGCGGCCGAGGCGCUUGGCGCUUUGGGAGACCAAGAGAGCCUUGAUCUUCUGAGAAGGUUCAGAGAUCGCGAAGGGGAAUCCGUCGCCGUAAAGGAGACUUGUGAGAUCGCUAUUGACAGGAUUGAGUGGGAGAACUCGGCGGAGCGCAAGGCCGAGAAGUUGAAGCAGAGUGACUUUGCUUCCGUCGACCCCGCCCCGCCGCUACCCGAAACCGAAGAGUCUGUCGAACAACUUGGGAAGACCCUCAUGGAUACGUCUAAGCCUCUGUUCCUCCGGUAUCGCGCCAUGUUCGCUCUGAGGGACCUAGCAUCCCCUCCCUCCCUUCCCACCGCCGUUCCUGCCGUCAAGGCCCUCGCCGAGGGUUUUAAGGAUACUUCUGCGCUCUUCAGACAUGAGAUCGCAUUUGUAUUCGGCCAGCUAUCUCACCCUGCAUCUAUCCCUGCGCUCACAGAUGCCUUGAGCAAUCCCAACGAAGCAAGUAUGGUUCGACACGAAGCUGCCGAAGCUCUCGGGAGUCUCGGCGAUGAGGAGGGUGUUGAGGACACUCUGAAGAAAUUCCUUGAUGAUCCCGAGAGGGUUGUGCGUGAGAGUGUCAUCGUUGCGCUGGAUAUGGCGGAAUAUGAGAGGAGCAACACUGUGGAGUACGCUUUGAUACCAGAGACGACGCCGGCUUCCGCAUGA